AUGAUCUCACCCAGUCUCUCUCUCUCUCUCUUUUCUCUCUCUCUCAUUUCCAUUUCUUCUCUCUUUCUUCCCCUCUAUCCUCCCAUUUUUUCAUUUUCAGUCUUUCUCUCCUCCUCUCUUCAUUUCUCUCUCUCUCUUUCACUCAGUCUUUACUCUUUAAUAUUCUUUCUUUCUUUUCCUCUCUUUCUCUCUAUCUUUAGUGUAUUUUUUUUUCUCUCUCUUUCAUUCUCUUCCACCCUCUCUCUCUCUCCAUUUUUCAUUUUCUCUCUCUCUCUCUGUCGUCUCUCUUCUCUUCCUAAUUUCUCUCUCUGUUCCUACUCUUUAUCUCUAUCUCACCCAGUCUUUCUUUUUCUCUCUCUUUCGCUCUCUUCCUACCCUCUCUUUCUCCUCACCUUUUCUCUCUCUUGCUACCCUUUCUCUCUCUUUCUUCCCCUUACUCUCUCACUCCCAUCUUUUCUCUCUCUCUCUCUCUUUUCCCUCUUUCUCUCUAUCUCACCCUUCUUUUCUUUUUCUCUCUCUUUCGUUCUUUCCUACCUCUCUCUCUUCUCUCUUUCUCUCUUUUCUCUCUCUUUCUCUCUCUCUCUCUUUUUUCACUUUCUCUCUAUCUCUCUCUCUUCCUGUAAUUCGUCUCUCUUUGACUCUCUUCCUACUCUUUCUCUCUCUCUUUUCCUACUCUUUCUCUCUGUCUCACCUAGUCUUUCUUUUUCUCUCUCUUUCGCUCUCUUCCUACCCUCUCUCUCUUCCUACCAUUACGCUCUCUCUCUCUCUCUCUCUCCCAGUUUUUCACUUGCUCUCUUUGUCUCUGUCUCUUUCUUCCCACCUUCUCUUUCCUUCUCGUCCACUGAUGACUCUAUCGUGUUUAUUGACGGUGCUGAUGUUAUUAUUUUACUUUGUUUGUCUGAUUGGGCCCGCUAA